AUGGACGAAAAGAAGCAACCUCCCCCUGAAUCUACACCCUCCGACCCACCGCCAGAUUACGCAACAUCAGCUCUCGAACACGGACAAGGCCAAGGCCUACCGAUCCGGCAACAACAACAACCCCGGCGGCCCCCUCCCGGCUCACUGCUCGACCUGCCUAUUUUGAAGUAUAUGCGCACGCACCGCGUAAUCCUCGCCUCCGCCUCUCCCCGACGCCGCACCCUCCUCUCGCAGCUCGGCCUCCCGAAUCUCGAGAUCCGCGCCUCCACCAAGCCCGAGGACUUAUCUAAAUCCGAACUCGGCGCCUUCGGCUACGUUUCCGCGACCGCGCAGCAGAAGGCCUUAGACGUGUAUGCUGCGCUCAUCGACGAGGCCGCCGAGAAGCAAGCCUCCCCCCUGCCCCCCGCGCCCAAAUCUACUUCCUCCGAUCCACAAGCAGAUGUCGACUUGGACGCCCAGCGUGCCAGGAAGGAUCCUGACCUGGUGAUUGCGGCCGACACGGUUAUCGUGACGAGGGACGGGAAUAUCCUUGAAAAGCCCAGUUCUGAAGCUGCUCAUAUCCGCAUGCUGCGUCAUCUGCGGGAUACUAGGACUCAUCGGGUCCUAACGGCGGUAUGUUGCGUAGCGCCGCGUUCAGAUGCGCAGUUCCCGGGGUAUGCGGUAGCGUCGCAUGUUGAGGAGACGAAGGUGUUCUUUGGUCGCGAGCACGAUGGGCUGCCAGACGAUGUUAUCGAGGCCUAUGUGCGGACGCGGGAGGGUGCUGAUAAGGCCGGGGGUUAUGCGGUGCAGGGCUUAGCAGGAGCGUUGUUAAUUGAGAAGGUAGAUGGUUCUGUUGAUAAUGUGAUCGGGCUACCCGUGCGGAAGACGCUGCAGCUUUGCGAGAAGGUGGUUUUUCGGCAGAAUGAGGAGAGUGACGAGGAAGGAGAGGAAGAAGAGGAGUAA